GUGCUUGGAGUCUGGGAGAAAGUGAAGGGGCCGCCCGAGGCUCAGGAGCCAGGGCCAGGCCGAUCUAUGGAGCUCGAGAAUAUAGUAGCUAACACCGUGCUGCUGAAAGCGAGAGAGGGUGGCGGGGGCAACCGAAAGGGCAAAAGUAAGAAAUGGCGGCAGAUGCUGCAGUUUCCUCAUAUCAGCGAAUGCGAGGAACUGAGGCGCAGUCUGGAUCGAGACUACCAUAGUCUCUGUGACCGUCAGCCAAUAGGACGCCUUCUCUUUCGCCAGUUUUGUGAGACGCGACCGGAGUUACUGCGAUGCGUACACUUUCUUGAUGCUGUUGUUGAAUAUGAGGUAUCGCCGGAUGAAAAGCGUAAAGAAUGUGGACAGCAACUGGUAGAAAAAUAUCUCACUGCUAUGAGUGAAGAUUACAUCACAGAAGUCCCUGAGCACAUGGUCGUCAGUUGCACUGAAAGCCUAGAAAUAAACCCAUGCAAAGAACUUUUUAAAGAGCCUUCUAAGCUUGUUCAUGACUUCCUGAGCAUGGCUCCGUUUUCGGAUUACUUGGACAGUUUUUAUUUUAACCGCUUUCUGCAAUGGAAAUGGCUGGAGAGGCAACCGGUUACAAAGAACACUUUCCGACAGUACAGAGUUUUGGGCAAGGGGGGCUUUGGAGAGGUAUGCGCUUGCCAAGUGAGAGCCACAGGGAAGAUGUAUGCUUGCAAGAAACUGGAGAAGAAGCGCAUCAAGAAAAGGAAAGGGGAAUCGAUGGCUCUAAAUGAGAAGCAGAUCUUAGAGAGAGUCAACAGCAGGUUUGUAGUUAGUUUGGCAUAUGCCUAUGAAACUAAAGAUGCUCUCUGUCUGGUACUAACCCUGAUGAAUGGAGGAGAUCUGAAAUUCCACAUUUACCACAUGGGAGAUGCUGGAUUCGAAGAGGGGAGAGCUAUAUUCUAUGCAGCAGAAAUCUGUUGCGGUCUGGAGCACCUUCAUCAAGAAAGGAUAGUUUACAGAGAUCUCAAACCAGAAAACAUUUUGCUCGAUGAUGAUGGGCAUAUAAGGAUCUCAGAUCUUGGACUUGCAGUACAUAUUCCAGAAGAUCAAACUAUUAAGGGAAGAGUAGGGACUGUUGGCUAUAUGGCUCCAGAAGUGGUGAGAAAUGAGAGAUACACUUUCAGCCCAGAUUGGUGGGCUCUUGGUUGUCUGCUAUACGAGAUGAUUGCGGGCCAAUCUCCAUUCCAGCAAAGAAAAAGAAAGAUUAAACGUGAAGAGGUGGAGAGGCUUGUAAAGGAAGGUCAAGAAGAGUAUUCUGCCAAGUUUUCUCCUGAUGCCCAAUCUUUAUGCAAAAUGUUACUUUUGAAAGACCCCAAAGAACGCUUAGGGUGCCAAGGAAGAGGUGCCCAGGAGGUGAAGGAGCAUCCCCUGUUUAAGCAAAUAAACUUCAAGCGGCUUGAAGCUGGUAUACUGGAGCCACCCUUUAAGCCUGAUCCUCAAGCUAUUUACUGUAAGGAUGUCUUGGAUAUAGAGCAGUUCUCUACAGUAAAGGGGAUUGAUCUGGAGCAGACAGACAAUGACUUCUAUCACAAAUGUGCCACAGGCAACAUCUGCAUCCCUUGGCAGAAUGAGAUUGUGGAGACAGACUGCUUUUGGGAUCUAAGCGCACUACCUACAGAUGGAAGUGUACCACCUGACCUGGAUUGGAGGGGAUUGCCAUCCCCACAACCCAAAAAGGGACUACUUCAAUGUUUCUUCAGCAGACAGGACUGCUGUGGCAAUUGCAGCGAUAUUGAAGAGGAGCCGACGCGCUUAUAGCCCCAGUGGGGCCUCAGAAUUGAACUGCGAACUAAGAUGGAUCCGUUUACAUGUUUUGCACAUUUACAGCCAUAUAUCUUCCCUGCUCAUAGGGGGCUGCUGCUCACAGCAACGGGUCACUGGAAUUUCUCCCAGCAGAGGAGUUAAGGAUUCAGUAGUAAUGUAUAAAGUCACGUUUUUCAAUGUAGGAAUAUAUAUUUCCAGUGCCUUGUCCCACAGGUAAAGUAUGGCCUUCCCUCGCUGCCACAGGUCAAAGGACUUCAUUGGCCUCUCAGGAAGGACACGUCUGUGGAAAUCCCUAGGGAGAAUGUUUAUUUCUUUCUUUUUACCUAUAAACUAAGAGAUGUUUUUAUUUUGUUUAUGAAACAAAUUUUGUUUUUAUAUAUAAAAUAUGUAGCUUAAGGACCCUCCUCCCUUACAGAACCACCUCCUUUUUAUGUUCAUUUCAGGCACCUGUUUAUUGUGUAUUUUUUUUUUUUAUUGCAAUAAUAUAUAAAGUUAAAUGAAUAUGUUUUUAAAUUUCAAAAAUCCUAUGUGAAAUGCUCCAGAGAACUAGUAAUUUAUUUCCAGGGACAGACAGUUUGUGCUUUUGCAUUUCAACAUGCCAACAUUUCAUGCAUUUUAAUUUAUUGCAGCAGUGCAUCUUGGCAUAAGGCCCCAGUCUAAACUAUAGGAAUGAGUUGGUUAGAUCUGAAAGGGGUGGUUAGCCUUUACGUUCACUUACAGCCCUAUUCCUAGCAACUUUUCAGUAUGUUUUAUAUAUAUAGUUCCUCUUCUGCCUCUUUCAAAAUGAGGGUCCCUGGCAGCCAAGGUGCUAGAAUUUCACAGCAUUUAUAUUUUUAUCACUUUCCUAUCUACGCAGGCUUUCUUCUAUUCAUCUCAUUAGUCUCUCAUUCACAGCACUGCCCAGUUGCUACAGUAAAUUGGACCCUAGCAACCAGAUAGCUGCUGACAUUCCACCCUGGAGAGCUGCAUAUCAUAAAGCUAAAUCAUUCAAAUAAUAAAAAUGACCAAUUGAAGAUUAUUACUCUGUGCAUCAUAUUAAAAGACAACGUAAGGGUAAACCACCCCUUUAACAAAACAAUUGGAUUUCGUGUAUAAAGUAAAACCGUGUGUUUUAAUUUUAAUUUUUUUUAAUCAUUGGUCUUAAAAGCCCCAUCUGUAGAGGAGUCACAUAUAAAGACAUAUCUAACUCAAUGACAUGUAUGCUAAAUGUGUUCAUCCUACUAUGUGCUUCAUCAAAAUCAUACUUGCUAAUAAAUGUUGAAAAUACCA